UGAAGACACGUGUUUUCCUAUCGCCACGAACGAGUCCAGACCGAGUCUCCCUGCGGGAUUCGCGGUGCCUUCAAAGCCACACUCUUGCACGGCCUCGGCGGACGACGCGCUCACCACUGCAACUAUGGCUCUGCUGCCCGUGCAGCACGUGCCCCCCGGCGGGCUGCAGUACUGCUCCGCCCAGUCCGUCUUCGCCUCCUUCGUGCUGGGACUCAUCGCGGACUCCAUCGCCAGGGACUUGGAGCGCGCCAAGCGGCGGCAGUACCCGGAGGACGAGGUCGACUUCAUCAUUGUGGGCGGCGGGUCCGCUGGGUGCGUGCUGGCGAGCCGCCUCUCCGAGGUGCCCGACUGGCGCGUGCUGCUGCUGGAGUCGGGCCCCGAGGAGCCGGCCGAGUCCGCGACGCCGUCCUUCCUGACGUACGGCCUGGCCUCGGACAUGACCAAGUUCAUGCUGACGUCGCCGCAGCGCAACGGCGCGGCGCCCGUCGGCACCUUCUCCUUCCGCGGCCACGUCCUGGGCGGCUCCUCGGCCAUCAACGGCAUGCUGUACACCAGGGGCAACCGGGUGGACUACGACCGCCUGGCGCACCUCGGCUGGGGGUACGACACGGCGCUGCGCUACUUCAAGAAGGCCGAAGACAACUUGGCGGCAGAGGUGGCCAGCGACACCCAGCACCACGGCACGGGUGGGCCGCUGAGCGUGGAGUGGCUUCCGUACCGCGACGACAACGCGCGGCGCAUCAAGCGCGUGCUGGCCGAGGCGGGCCUGCCGCCCGUGGCGGACAUCAACGGCGCCUCGCAGCUCGCCCCCAACAGCAGCUACUCCAGCUUCUACUACCAGACCACCUCGAGGAACGGCCGCCGCGCCAGCACCAACAGGGCGUACCUGGCCAACAUCCGAGACAAGCGCCCGAACCUGCAGGUGGUGACGCGGGCUAGGGUGACCAAAGUGCUGAUCGAAGAGGGUCGCGCAGUGGGCGUGGCCUACCAGGACGUGAACGGCAAGAGCAGGACGGUCAAAACCAGGAAGGAGGUCAUCUUGAGCGCCGGCACGUACGGGUCACCUCAGCUGCUCAUGCUGUCUGGGCUGGGGCCCAAGGACCACCUCAGCAGUCUGGACAUACCCGUGAUCGAAGACCUGCCCGUGGGAGAGCGUCUCACGGACCACGCAUCAUCAUUCGGCAACGUGUUCGUCAUGAAGGAGGGGGCAACCCUGGGGGUGAAUGACGACAUCUACCAGCGCUGGGACAACGUUGACCUUUGGAACAGGACGGGCGGUGGACCUGCUGCCAGCAUUGGCCCCUUGAAUGUGGGCGCGUUCUACCGCACAAAGUACCAGCCUGCCGACGACCCCAGGCCGGACAUCCAACUGCAGCUCAACGGAUUCACACUGGACAAGAAGGGAAUCCUGAAACUCAUCGCGGGAUGUCCUGUGCCAGUGCCCGACGUGGCUUACUACAACAUUAUCCAACUGCUGCCGGCUCUGGUGAAGCCCAGGAGUGUUGGAACAGUCAGACUCAGGAGUACCGAUCCCUUCGAUGAUCCCAAAGUGGACCUGAACCUGCUCGACCACGACACUGACGUCGCUGCACUCGCGGAGGGGUUCCACUUCUUCUACCACAAACUGGCAGAUUCAGACGUCUUCAAGAGCAUGAGGUGGCGGAUGCUGCCGCUGCCGCAGUGCGCCCUGGUGCUGCCGUGGUUCGGCCGGUCCUACUUCCGCUGCGCGGCGCGCACCGCGACGUACGCCAUCUACCACAUGACGGGCACGUGCAGGAUGGGCACGGACGCCACGGCCGUCGUGGACCCCAGCCUGGUGGUGCGCGGCCUGGACAACCUGCGCGUCGUGGACGCCUCCGUGUUCCCGGAGUCCAUCACCGGCAACCUCAACGCGCCCGUCAUCAUGCUCGCCGAGCGCGCCGCGGACCUGGUCAAGGCCCGCCACGGACGGCUGGGCUGACCGCCUUAUGUCUCACGAGGAAAUUUCCCAUGAUACGAAGGAAAUGGCACAGGCUACACUGCGGCAAAUAGAUACGGAAAAUUCUGUUUAUUUUUUUAACCAAGAUUCUCCGUAGCCCUCUUAUCAAUAUUCUCCGUAGGCUCUUCCAGUAGGCUAUCCUCCGUAGGACCGUCGUGCAGUCUUCUCCGUAGGACCUGAAAGACUGCAUUGUCCUACGGAGGUCACUGUAAGGUCCCACGGAGAAGACUGUAAGAAGGUCUUACGUAGAACAUUGACAAGGGGGUACAGAGAAUCACCACAAGCUUCAUACAGAAUUUUCCGUAGCUUUUUGCCACAGUGUUAAUAUGAACGUGGCUUUUUUUCGUACAACGAUGUUUUUUCUGUGUGAUGAGAAUCUUGAAAAAGAUUUUCAUUGGCGGGAAAUUUUACGUCCCUACGCGGAAUUCGUUGUCACAGCUCAAGUUUCAUACUGUAAGGCAUUCAGGUGUUGACUGCGGUGCCACUGUAAAAUAGGUGGCUCGACGAUCGAACCCUAAAUGCUUAACUUUUUGCACAUAAAUGCAGCUGGGUGGAAGUUACUUCAAAAUGCGUACAUAAAUUGUGUACAAUUUAUAUAAACUUAAUCCCAAUAUGGAAACAUUGUCCCUAAUUUAGGAAAAUUAAAUUGUAAAUAGCUUGAAAAUGUACUCAAAUAUGGCAAUAAUUAAGGACAAUGGACA